UGCAAAUUUGUGAUUAACUCAGGAUGCGCACUCGACCAUCUCGUCCACCUCCACUCAAGCUCUACCUUGACACGAAGAUGCCUGCUCACUCGCCCAUUGCCUCUCACUUCAGGAGCAAGUUCACCACACAAGUCAGGAGAGUUUUGCCUGCCUACCUCCUCGUCAUAUUUCUGAUCUUGUUCUUCACCAACUCGUACUUCUUCACCGCCCCUGUCCGCGCCGCGCACCGGUACAGACGGGAAAGAAAGUACCAGCAGCCAAUCCAAGCAGAACUGAGCGUUAUUCCUCGGAAGAUCUGGCAGACAUGGAAGACUGGACCGUUAGCUUUCGAGCAGCGUGAUUCGGACUCGGCGAAGACAUGGCCAGCCAAGAACCCGAGUUACCGGUACGAAGUCCUCACGGACGAUAAUGCUUUAGCAUAUGUCGAGUGGCACUACGGUAUGCACGGUUUCAACCGUCCAGAUAUCGUCACGUUGUAUCGCGAGCUGGACAUCACCAUCAUCAAGGCUGACCUGCUGCGAUACCUCGUCAUGUAUGCCGAAGGAGGCGUAUACGCAGAUAUCGAUGUCGAGUGCCUCCGUUCUAUAGACAGGUUCAUUCCAGAGAGGUACAACGAACAUGACGUCGACAUGAUUAUCGGCGUUGAGAUUGACGAGCCUGCUUUCGUGGACCACCCAAUCCUGGGUUCCAAGUGCAAGUCGUUCUGCCAAUGGACCUUCGCCGCGAAACCACGACUGCCAGUAAUGAUGCGCUUGAUCGAGAACAUCCAAGAAUGGCUGCACAACCUCUCACACGAGAAGGGUGUGCCAAUCUCAAAGCUCCAGCUCGACUUCAACGAGGUUAUCAGUGGAACCGGUCCAUCAGCUUUCACAAAAGCGGUGCUUGAGCAGAUGACUGCGCAAAACCACGGAAGGGAGGUUACCUGGGACCCUUUCCACAACCUGGCAGAAUCCAGACUCCAGAACGGCGUACUGGUUCUCAAUGUAGAGGCCUUUGCUGCUGGGCAAGGGCACUCCGAUUCAGGGAACCACGACUCGCGAGGCGCCCUUGUGAAGCAUCACUACCACGCCUCCGGUUGGCCUUCCCGCCAUCCUCGCCACAGUCAUGCCAUGUACGGGGAGGUCGAACAGUGCAAUUGGAAACCGGAAUGCAUUGCGGAGUGGGACAAGAACGUCGCUGAAUGGGAAACGCUCGACAAGGAGGAGCAGGAGAAGCGGCUGGCUAGCAAACCUCCUCCGCCUGUUUGAGCUGCUUGAGAUCCUGUACAGAUCUCCUCAUAACCAGUAGUCCAGUCGAAGGAAGCCCGAGACGGGCAUAUGCAGCUUGUCGCGUGGUCCAGCUCGGGCUGCAACGCACGCGUCUAUUCCGAGGUUGAUGCGAUGCGCACACGUUGAGCGUCGAUCGUUUAGGUAAGCUGAACAGGGCGAUUAGACCGGACCGAGAUGUUGCAUUUGAUGUCUGUUGUAGACUUGGUCGCUGUAUAUGAAGUCCAUAAGGCGUUGCGGAGUCAAGAGGAAGCUGCGCGGGGCAUCAUACCCUUACAUAGCCCAGCCAGCGCCCACAGAUUAAUGAGAAC